CGCAGCGGCGGCGAGAGGCGGCUGGAGGGAGUCGCUCCAAGGAGGCGCCGGGUCCCGCGGCCGCUUCGCCCCGUUCCGGGCCCGCAGCGUCUCCCCGCCCGGGGGGGCCCCGAGGUGUUCCUCCCCCCCCCCCGCGGCCGCCGGACCCCUGCAGGGGACCGGAAGUUGCCCCCUGGGGCUUGGGCUGCACCGGAAGUGGCUCCGGCUUGACCGGAAGUACCCGCCUGGGAGGCCGGGGGGCGGGGCCAGCUGGACUUGGCGCCCCUCCCCCACCCCCAGCCGAGAGCGGCCCCUGGAGCGGGGAGCCGGCGCCAUGGCGGAGCCGGAGAACCUCGAGGUGAUGGUGAAGACGCUCGACUCGCAGACCAGGACCUUCACCGUGGAGGCGGAGGUGACGGUGAAGGAGUUCAAAGAGCACAUUGCGGGCUCAGUAAAUAUCCCCGCGGAGAAACAGCGUCUGAUCUACCAGGGACGCGUCCUGCAGGAUGACAAGAAGCUUAAAGAAUAUAAUGUUGGGGGCAAAGUGAUCCACUUGGUGGAACGUGCCCCUCCCCAGACUCAGUCGCCCUCCUCUGGGGGUCCCUCUGGAGCCAGCUCGGCCUCAGCUCCCCACAAUGGCAUCGGGGGACGGGGAGCCGGUGCCACCGUCCACGACCGUAACGCCAACAGCUAUGUCAUGGUCGGGACCUUCAAUUUACCAGUCAGCAUUAUGGACCCGCAGCCGCCCUCACAGGUGAGUUCCUGCGGGGGGCGCCGUGCUACGGGGGCGGGGGGGGCUCUCUCCUGCCGGCAGCGCUAG